AUGGCUACUUUUGGAACAAUUGGUGAAUUUCGGGAAGACGAAGGGAGUUGGUCCGAGUACAUUGAGCGUAUGGGACACUACUUCGACGCCAAUAUCAUCAUUGAUGAGGGGAGGAAAAGAUCCAUUUUACUUAGUGUUUGUGGAGCCUCAACCUACAAGUUAAUGUCAAGUUUGGCGGCACCAAGGAAACCAGGUGAAGUUGAGUUCAAGGAACUUGUGAAAUUAAUGACUGAUCAUCGAGAUCCAAAGCCAUCGGUGAUCGUCCAACGAUUCAAGUUUAACAGCAGGUCGAGGAGACCAGAUGAAUCGUUGUCAACUUACAUUGCUGAACUGCGACGAUUGGCUAAUGAAUGUAAGUUUGGUACUAUUUUAGAGGAGAUGUUGAGAGAUAGGAUUGUGUGUGGAGUGGCGGAUGAUAGAAUACAAAGGAGAUUAUUGGCUGAACCAACUCUAACUUUCGAAAAAGCUAACGAUAUUGCAUUAGCAAUGGAAUUAGCUGAUAAAAAUACAGUCGAUCUCAGAGAUCAGAACAAAGGCGAGAUGGUGAACAAAAUCGCUCAUGGUGUUCGUCAUCGUAAGUCGUCACAACGUCCUAAUUCCAAGAAACAUUCCUCAUGCGGUCGCUGCGGAAAGGGACAGCAUCAAGGAGAGGCUUGUCCAGCAAAAGACGGAGAGUGUUUCCACUGCGGGAAAAAGGGACAUUUUGCCGUGGUAUGCAGAGCCAAAGGAGAGAGGAAGGACCAGAGAAAAGUUUUCCAGCAGCAAGGGAAACGGACCGCCUCCAAUAAAUCUCGAACUCUGCAGAUCGAAACAAGAGAGGAUGAUGAAAGCGAAAGCUACGGGUUGUAUACACACUCGACUAAAGCUUCCAAACCUCCUCCGAUUAUGACUCAGCUAACAGUGAAAGGGAAACCUAUAAACUUCCAAGUGGACACGGGCUCGGCAGUAACGCUCAUCAAUGAGAAAACGUGGCUCUCUCAGUGGAGUGACAAAGAGAGGCCUAAGCUGAGCGAACCAAAAACGCGGCUUCGUACAUACACCGAGCAUUUAGUUGAAAUUAUCGGAGAAUGUGAAGUCGCCGUAUCCAAGGGCAACAAGGAGGAACGCUUGCCUUUGAUAGUUGCGAGAGGCAGAGGGCCGAAUCUCAUGGGACGAGAUUGGCUGCACGAAAUAAAGUUGGACUGGAGGGAGAUAAACUUGGUCAGGGUCAAUGACGCAGUAGACAGAGUGUUUUCAGACUACGCGGGACUGUUCACACGAGAACUUGGAAAGUUGAAAGGUGUAGAAGUAGAUCUGGAUAUUGACCCCAAUGCAUCACCAAAGUUUUUGAAGGCCCGUCCAGUUCCAUUUUCUCUUCGAAGUCGUCUGGAUCAAGAGCUGGAUCGCCUUCUAGCAGAUGACAUAAUUGAACCAGUUCAAUAUUCAAACUGGGCAGCUCCAGUGGUCCCAGUCGUCAAAGGAGAUGGAUCCAUUCGCAUUUGUGGGGAUUAUAAAACCACGAUUAAUACAGCAGCUCGAUCGGAUACCUAUCCGAUCCCGAGAGUAGAAGAGCUAUUUGCCAGGCUUGCAAAUGGAAAGAAAUUCACAAAACUGGAUCUGUCUCAUGCCUAUCAACAGCUAGUCCUGUCUGAGAAAUCCAGGGAGUUCGUCACCAUCAACACGCAUAGAGGGUUAUUUCGAUACAAGAGACUGCCUUUUGGAGUUUCAACUGCGCCCUCUGUGUUUCAGCGGACGAUGGAGUCAUUGCUGGCCGGUAUACCAGAUGUGGCUGUCUACCUAGAUGAUCUUCUCAUCACAGGAGAGUCAACAGAUGCCCACAUGAAGAACCUAAGAGCAGUCCUGGAUGUUCUUCUGAAAGCUGGACUAAGACUAAAGAAAGAAAAAUGUGUGUUUCUCAAGGACGAGGUUGAUUACCUCGGACACACAAUCACUGCCAAAGGUCUUCGUCCCACGGGGGACAAGGUGCAAGCAAUUACAAAUGCGCCGGAACCAAAAAGCGUAAAGGAACUCCGCUCGUUCCUGGGCUUGCUAAAUUAUUAUGGUAAAUUUCUACCCGACCUUGCAUCAAAUCUAGAACCUCUUCAUCGGUUGUUGAGGAAAGACGCAAGAUGGCAGUGGGGUAAUGAGCAAAAACAGGCUUUCGUAAGAGCCAAAAAGUUGCUUAAUUCAACUCGAGUGCUAGCCCACUACAAUCCGGUAGAGCAACUGAUACUAGCUUGCGACGCUAGUCCGUACGGUAUCGGAGCCGUACUCGCUCAUAGAUUUUCGGAUGGGACCGAAAAACCCAUCGGUUUCGCGUCGCGAACACUGAAUGUUGCGGAACGCAGAUAUUCGCAAUUAGAUAAGGAAGGUUUAGCAAUCGUAUUUGGGGUAAAACGGUUUCACCAAUAUCUGUAUGGCCGCAAAUUCGAAAUAAUCACGGACCAUAAGCCGCUACUUGGUCUCUUUGGAGAGAGGAAAGCCAUUCCACAGAUGGCUUCUCCGCGCGUCCAACGGUGGGCGAUUACACUUGCGGCAUACGAAUAUGAAAUAAAGUAUAAAGCGGGAGAGAAAAAUUCAAAUGCUGAUGCACUCAGUAGAUUGCCGCUAGAAUCAACCAUUCCGGAUCCUCCGAUCCCGGGAGAUAUCAUACUUCUCAUGGAUACGUUAGAUAGGACACCGAUAACGCCCUCGCGCGUCCGUUCUCUUACCGACAAAGAUCCGAUCUUGUCGCGGGUCCGUAACUUCAUCUUACACGGAUGGCCUACAGCAGAUGAAUUACAAGAUAAGGCAUUCGGUCCGUAUUUGAAUAGAAAAGAUGAAUUGAGUGUCCAUGAGGGAGUAAUAUUGUGGGGAGCUCGCGCGGUGCUUCCACCGAAAUGUCGAGAAGCAAUGAUGGAAGAAUUGCAUGAUGCACAUCCGGGGAUAGUGCGUAUGAAGGCAAUGGCGAGAAGUUGCGUAUGGUGGCCACAGAUUGACAAAGAUUUGGAGCGUAAAGUUAAAUCUUGCGAAAAAUGUCAAUCACACCAGCGACAACCGUCGAAAGCUCCACCCCAUCAGUGGGAAUAUCCAAGUAAACCGUGGUCGCGAAUUCAUGUCGAUUACGCAGGUCCAGUAGAAGGGAAAAUGUUACUAGUAAUAGUAGAUGCGUAUUCAAAGUGGAUAGAUGUUCAUAUUACGAAUAAAUCGACUAGUGAAGCGACAAUAGACAAAUUGAGGGAAGUCUUUUCGGCACAUGGUCUUCCUCAAACGCUGGUUUCGGAUAAUGGGCCCUGUUUCACGAGUGAGGAAUUCGCUAUGUUCAUGAAAAUGAACGCAAUCAAUCACAUUCGAGGUGCACCAUAUCACCCAGCCACUAAUGGUCUCGCGGAAAGAGCAGUGCAAACUGUGAAAGGAGCCCUCAGAAAAAUGAGUGGACCCCUUCAGACGAGAUUAUCGAGGUUCUUGUUGAGUUACCGUACAACUCCACAAGCUACCACAAAUCAGUCACCGGCAGAAUUGCUCAUGAACCGAAAGUUGCGUACUCGCAUAUCUUCUGUUCUGCCUGAUGUGAACGCAACCGUUGAGAAGAAGCAAUUCUCACAGACCGCUCACACUUCUCGCAUACUUCGCGAAUUUAAGAUAGGAGAAGAAGUCCUUGUGAGAAAUUACGGGCGAGGUAACCAAUGGCUACCCGGAAAAGUAGUCGAACGUAACGGUCAGGUAUCCUAUGUAGUAAAUGUCAAUGCCAAUGGCUCGACACUGAGAUGGAAACGUCAUGUUGACCAACUGCGAAGUCGAAUCUCGACUUCAUCAACCUCGAACGACGACACCGUCCCGACACACGAAGAUGACGUUAUCAUCCGUGAUAACGAGAAUGAUGAUCGCGAUGUCGAUGAAGAUCAGAUUGACAUUCGCGUGGAUCGUGAAGACAAUCCUGAAGUCGAACACGAUGACGGUAUAAAGCAUUAUCCUAGACGAGAGCGGAGAAAACCAAACUAUUUUGGAUUUUCAUAA